GCCAUAAAGGCGCGAUUUAGCGACAUCUAGCAGUAAAGCAUUACAUUGGAAUUGGAAGGUUUAUUUCGAAUGUGGUUGGAGAACUUGCAGUAGUAAUACAUGUUAAAUCAGUAGUCAAAAGCCUAUGAGCCGCGCAUGCUCAGGGCGCCACAGAAAAAAAACAGAGCGAGAAAACAAGCUAACGUAGCAAGCGGCUAAUUCAAGCUGCAUCAGUGAGACGACACAGAGGAGGCUAACAACUUAGCCACGCAGCUAAACAUGGUGAAUGUAAAGAAACGGAAAGGACGAGUCGUUAUCGACUCGGACUCUGAAGACAGUGCUAGCGAUGAUAACUUAGACCAGGAGCUUUUGUCGCUGGCGAAGAGGAAGAGGGUCGAUUCAGGUGAGCAGGAGGAGCCGGUGAGCAAACCUGCUGCAUCUACUGACUCUGAAACAUCAGACAGCGAUGAUGAGUGGACUGUGGGUGGCACCAAAGUUAAAAAGAAGGUGAAACCAGGGAAAGGCUCAGAGAAGAAGAACACCACGAAGAAGAAAGUUAAUAAAACAGCGUCAGGCAGCUCUGAUGGAGACAGCUCAGCCGAGAGCUCAGCACCCGAGGAAGGGGAGGUCUCCGACUCGGAGAGCAACAGUUCGUCCUCCAGCUCGGACUCGGACUCCUCCGAGGACGAAGUGUUCAAAGAUGGCUACGAUGACGACUUGAUGGGAGACGCUGAGGACAGGGCUCGUCUGGAGCAGAUGACAGAGAAGGAGAGGGAGCAGGAGCUGUUCAACAGAAUUGAGAAAAGAGAGGUGUUAAAGAGACGGUUUGAAAUCAAGAAGAAACUGAAAACGGCAAAGAAGAAGGAGAAAGAGGAGAAAAAGAAGAAGCAAGAGGAAGAGCAAGAAAAACGGAAACAAUCUCAGGUUCAAGACACACAAGCGGUCACAUCACACAACAAAGAGAGACGAUCCAAACGUGAUGAAAAACUUGACAAAAAGUCUCAGGCCAUGGAAGAACUCAAAGCUGAGCGUGAGAAGAAGAAGAACAAAACAGCUGAGCUACUGGCCAAACGUCUGCCUCUGAAAACCAGUGAAGUUUACUCGGACGACGAGGAGGAAGAGGAGGAAGACGACGACAAGUCGUCGGUCAAAAGUGAUCGGAGUUCGCGGUCGUCAUCGUACGAUGAAGACGAAAAAGAGGAGACUCCACCAAAGUCACAACCAGUUUCAUUACCAGAGGAACUGAACAGGGUCCGUCUGUCCAGAAACAAGUUGGAGCGCUGGUGUCACAUGCCCUUCUUUGCAAAGACCGUAACUGGCUGCUUUGUGAGGAUAGGGAUCGGGAACAGCAGUAGUAAACCAGUUUACAGGGUUGCUGAAAUUAUGGACGUGGUGGAGACAGCCAAAGUUUACCAACUCGGGUCAACACGAACAAACAAGGGAUUACAAUUAAGGCAUGGGGGCGACACACGGGUAUUCAGGCUGGAAUUUGUAUCGAAUCAGGAAUUUACAGAAAGCGAGUUCAUGAAGUGGAAAGAAGCCAUGAUGGUUGCAGGGAUGCAAGUCCCGACUUUGGAUGAAGUCACAAAAAAAGAACUGUCCAUCAAAGAAGCUCUGAACUACAAGUUUAAUGACAAAGACAUAGAAGACAUCGUUAAAGAAAAGGACCGGUUCAGAAAAGCACCACCAAAUUAUGCCAUGAAAAAGACGCAGCUCCUCAAAGAUAAGGCGAUGGCGGAAGAGAACGGAGACGGCGAUCGAGUGAAAGUGAUCCAGGAUGAGCUGAACGAGCUGGAGGAACGAGCGGAGGCACUGGACAGACAGAGGACCAAGAACAUCUCUGCCAUCAGCUACAUUAACCAGAGAAACAGAAGCUGGAAUAUUGUUGAGUCAGAGAAAGCUCUUGUGGCUGAAGGACAAAACACCAAAAACCAGCAGAUGGACCCCUUCACGAGGAGACAGUGUAAACCCACCAUGGUGACAAAUGCCCGAGACCCUUCUGUCCACGCAGCUAUUCUCGCUCAUCUCAACCAGAAAUACGGCUCUGGGUCAGGAGCAGCAGAUCCUGCCAGUGCAGAGAAGAACAAAUUGGGACAACCACCACAGAAAGACAAAGACGUCCCCAAGCCAACCACUGACCUCUCAGAAGACUUGUUUAAAGUCCACGACUUUGACGUCAAGAUCGACCUACAGGUUCCUAAUGCUGAGGCAAAGUCCCUGUCAGUGAGCUCUAAUGCACUGCCGGUGAAGGACGGCGCCCCCCGCAGGUCACUCAACCUGGAAGACUACAAGAAAAGAAGGGGCUUGAUCUAAUGUGGCCAGUUCAUCCAGAAACCACUUUGCAUGUGUAACUGGUUGAAUGACUGAGUAAGAAUGAAAGUGUGAGUGUGUGUGUGUGUGUGUAUAAGAAAGAGUGAGAGGGUUAGACUUGAGUGUGUGUCUAAGUAUGUGUGUGUGUGUGUGUGUGUGUAAGAAAGUGAGAGAGUUAGACUUGUGUGUGUGUGUGUGUGUGUGUGUGUGUAAGAAAGUGAGAGCGUUAGACUUGUGUGUGUGUGUAAGAAAGAGUGAGAGAGUUAGACUUGAGUCUGUGUAAGAAUCCAACAGAAUGUCUAUCAGAGGAACUUAAUGAAAUAAGGCAAAUGUUUUUUCAAAGGAUCUCUCAGAUGACAGUUUUGUGUUCAGUUAUUUUUCUGUUAUCACACAGAAAGCUUACAUGAGGUUAUGUGUGUGUGUUUUUUUUAAUGUAUUUAAGUCCGUCUCCUCCCUUCCCCCCCUCUCUGUCUCUCUUCUACCAAGAGGUGACAUUUGUGGAUAACGACUUUGAACAAAGAGGACACUAUUUUAGACGAUUUAGAUUGUUAAGACAUUUGACAUGACAGGACUGGACAUUUAUUGAAUUAAUUAGUCUAAUAAAAUGUCCUACUUUUCCCUUCAUUUUAAUAAAACUUGUGAUCAUCUGCCCCCUGGAGUCUAUCCUUAGUUUGAACCUAUCUUCAUACUUUUGCAGAGCGCAGAUGAUCACAAUCACAUUCACAUGACAGCGCAGUUCACCUGGAUAUGUCCAACUUUUUAAGUCUCGGAAACAAUCCAUUUUAUGAAGAACCCUUUUCUAUGACUGUCCUUGGUUAUAAAAGUGAUUCUUCAUUUCUUUUCUCUCUUGGUUGGUUGCUCACAGGGAAAACACCUGGCUCAUCAUACCAAGAGCAGAUUGUACGUGUUAUUCAAUUGUGUCCAUAGUCACUUUCUGUAUUGAUGUGGCAUGCCAUGUAAAUAUGCAUUUUGAAGUGAGUGCAGAAAAAAUAAAGAGGCACUGUUUUAAUAA